AUGGUUUGUCAGCUGGAUACUCAUCCAGCAUGGUGGAGACUCAAAAUUGAAAAGGAUAACGGACAAGUGGUCCCUGACUUUUAUUCCUUUGUAACAGGUGAUUUACCACCAACCUAUGUCUAUUCAAUUCCAAAUCUCGAUCAAUACAAGUCCACUUACUUUGUUGCUGGUGCUGGUUCUCAAUCUCCUUACAACCCAUUGGAAGUACCCGAGUUUUGGACAGCCUCACCUCUCUCCACUGAUGGUGGAUACGAUGUCGGGAUUUACAACAUUGUCAAAUCUAAAGAUGGUACCCAAACGAAAAGAUAUUUAUCCUAUUCGAUUCUCGGAACCAAUGGAAUGUACUUGGCCUCUGACGAUCUUCCGGACCAAUGGACAGACAAGAUGUGGACCAUCAAGCAGAUCAAUCAAUCCCCGGCCACAGUUACUUUGUACAAUACAACUGGAAAUGGACAAGCUUUAAAGAAACAAAGAAAGAAAGAAAGAAAGAAAGAAAGAAAGAAAGAAAGAAUAAUACAAUGUCAGUUAUUUGACUUGGUUGGGUAUGAAAGUGUUGUCUGUGCAAUUGUUUUGAAUCCACGUGUUCUGUUAUUAUAG